CCAUGGAGGUGGCGCUGCUCUUCCUGUGCGGCCUGCUGGCCCCAGUGGUCCUGGCCAAUGCAGCUGAGCAGGAGAAAGAAAAGGACCCUUUUCAUUAUGACUACCAGACCCUGAGGAUCGGGGGAUUGGUGUUUGCUGUGGUCCUCUUCUCGGUGGGGAUCCUGCUUAUCCUAAGUCGCAGAUGCAAGUGCAGUUUUAACCAGAAGCCGCAGGCUCCAGGGGACGAGGAGGCCCAGGUGGAGAACCUCAUCACUGCAAAUGCAACGGAGCCCCAGAAAGCAGAGAACUGAAGUGCAGCCCUCAGGCACAAAGAACCUGAAGGCAGCUGCUUGAACCUUUAGAUGCAAAUGCUGAUGCUUAAGAAAACCGGCCACUUCAGCCACAGAUCUUUCCCCAGGAGAAGCCAAGAACUUGUGUGUCCCCCGCCCUCUCCCCAACCCCUAGACACCUGUCCUCAACUUAAUGAUGCAACCCCUGCCUCCCUGCAGCCUGUGGUCUCGUCCACCUCCUGUGACGUGUGUCUGUGUGUGUGUUUGUGUGUGUGUGUGUCUGAUGACUGUGGUCUUCAUGGCUGCUUGUUCGUGGAUGACACUGUAUUUUAGUGAACCUGGCCCCACUUUCCUGGGCAAGAGCUCAGCCAUGUGGCUGUCAGCCCGUCUCUGCUCUCCAUGGCCCCAUCACCUUCCA